CAACAUCUAAAAGUAUUGCUACGCAAAUUAUCAAAUAUUCAAGCCAUUUAAUUUAAUCAAAAAAUCACACAUCGUUAUGGAGGCAAUGAAUUUCAAACCAGAAGGCUCUGUAAUAUCCAUACAUCCGCUAUUCAUUACAAAAAAAGACUCUUAUCAAGCUCCAAGGAUAUCGGAAAGAAUUUAUCGGCCUGGUGUACUGGAAGGUAACUGGUUUGAAGACUCUACACCAGUAACACCGGUGGCAAAGGACCAAUGGGCUAGUUUAUGUGAAACUAGUUACCGACCAUACAAGACUGAACUAUUGACAAGACCCAAAUUUGAAGCAUGGGAGCAAAGAAUAUUAAAUCAGGGAGUCGGCGCUAGACUGUUGAUCGACCACGACGGAACAAAGUAUCAUAAUAAUUGGACAACGACUAAUGACUUAAGUUUCAAAAUAUUACCGCAAGGAUUGGAUGGGCCUUGGCAUAGAAAAUUUAAUGCACGAUGCAAUGAAUGGCUACCCAGUCAAGACUAUGCUAAAGUCUAUGGUAAUAUGACAGAAUAUGGACUGGCUGAAUUCAUGAGACAUAAAUGGCUUACUGAAAGUAAUCCGCCACGCCCUUGGCGCACUAAUUAUCAAGACGAUUUUCCUAAUUAUGAGCAUACAUCGUCUGUUCGGUAACUAGAUAUUUUGUUGCAGUGCUUUUGCUAUUUAAUACUAGCAUAUAGAUAACUUAAAAACUUGUCGAUAAUCUUGUAAAGUUUUCUCAAGCCGAAAGCAUCUUUGAAUGAGCCAGACUUGAGACAUUUAGGCUUCGAUCUAUCAGCUCCCCAUCGAUCUUGUCCAAUAGCGUUCAAGAUCCAGAGUUCUCUACCGCACCUUGAGAAUGUGUUGAUUAAAGAAAAGACAGUAGCCCAAUGCUAGAAAUUUCAUUUGCUAAUGAUACUUUACUUCAUUUGUUA